GAAAAAUUACCUUCACAAUCCUCCACACGAGACUCGGGCGAUGCGAUAAACACUACAUCUUUGAUAUCUGGAUAUAUUACAUCAUUACUGCAGGAUUAGGCGGUCAGGACGUUCAGUCUGGAGUUUGAAGCAUUUCCAUGAUGCAGUUUUUGGAUUUGUGGACCGCAUUCAUCCUCUAUAAAGAUUUUUACCUGACUUGAGAAAACAUUGCUUACAUGACAUCAUACUAAUAGGAGAACUGGAUACCCGGCUUCCCAAGUCCACCAGCACCCCUCUGUGGCCUGUGGUGGGUUGCACAUUGGAUAUAAAACUACCAAGCCAGUGUGAACCAUGGAUGACCUAAUCGCCAGACACUACAACUUCACUGGGAAAUUUCGCAAGGUCGACAAGGACCCGGGACUCAAAGCGGACUCUGUUGUGUUCAUCAUCGUGUGCUGCUUCAUCAUCCUGGAAAAUGUUCUGGUUCUCCUCACCAUUUGGAGGACCAAGAAGUUCCACAAACCCAUGUACUACUUCAUUGGGAACUUGGCCUUGUCAGACUUGCUGGCAGGAGUGGUCUAUACGGCCAACAUCUUACUGUCAGGAGCCAAUACGUAUAAGUUGACCCCAACGCAGUGGUUCUUCAGAGAAGGGAGUAUGUUUGUGGCCCUGGCUGCGUCAGUGUUCAGUCUCUUAGCCAUCGCCAUUGAACGGCACCUGACCAUGCUGAAGAUGAAGCUUCACAACAAUGGCAAGACCUGCCGGGUCUUCAUGCUCAUCAGUACCGUCUGGUUCAUCGCCGCCAUCUUGGGCGGUCUACCAGUCAUGGGAUGGAACUGCAUCGACAGCAUGAACAACUGCUCCACAGUUUUGCCUCUCUACCACAAAGCCUACAUCCUUUUCUGCACCACCGUAUUCAGCGUUAUUCUCAUGGCCAUUGUCAUCCUGUACGCCCGCAUCUAUGCCUUGGUGCGCACACGGAGCCGCAAGCUAGUCUUCCGCAAGGUCGCCAACGGCCGAGGCUCCAACAAGAGUUCGGAGAAGUCUAUGGCACUUUUGAAGACCGUCAUCAUCGUGCUGAGCUGCUUCAUAGCAUGUUGGGCACCGCUCUUCAUCCUGCUUCUCCUCGACGUUGCCUGUCAGACCCUCACCUGCUCAAUCCUCUACAAGGCCGAGUGGUUCCUUGCUCUGGCCGUGCUCAACUCUGCCAUGAACCCUUUGAUCUACACCCUAACCAGCAACGAGAUGCGCCGGGCCUUCAUUAAGAUGCUCAAUUGUGGCAUCUGUGUCCAGCCUUCAGGCAAGUUCUCCAGGCCCAUCAUGGGCGCCGAAUUCAGCCGGAGCAAGUCAGACAACUCCUCCCAUCCCAAUAAGGACGAGCCUGAAUACUCGCCCAGGGAAACCAUAGUGUCUUCUGGGAAUAUCACCUCUUCUUCUUAAGGGACUAUUCGUGUACUUUUUCGUCUCGAUCUGUAGCAUUCGAUUGGAUGAGUGUGUGUUUGUGCUGGUCUGGAGACACCAGGAAUUGUUGUGAACUGCGAUCACAUUUAAGACUUGAUUUUCUGCUACUCCUGACAGACCACCUGUUGAAACUAUUCUGCAACUUAGGGAAGCACUUAACCCAACUGUUACUCCAUUAUUUUUGUCGAAUGGAUUCCUGUAGACAAGCACUUUUCGGGGAUUGCUCCCCGAGAACCAACAUAGGCAUUACUGACUUGCUCUAAAAUGGAUUGAUGUGAAAUGUACUAGCUUGUUGUACUACAUUGUUGAAAUUAAACUGAAGAAAUGCGGUCGAGAGGUACUUGUGUUUCUUUGAGUUAACACUAUGGUAUUAGGAUUUAUUUCGCCCCUGAUCCAGAAUGUAUUUUGUAAAUGUAUUUGGUUUUUCGUCACCUUUCAAAAAAUAAAGCGGUGUUGUUGUUAUAUUAGAGUGUGCAUGUACAUUAGCUGUCAAUAUUAAUUUAUCUUGAAACAGUUCCAAUACAUUUGAAACUCGGAGGGAUGGAACUAAAUAUUGUGUGUAUUAAUUGUAAAUAUAUUUUAUUAUUUUACUACGAUAGUACACCAUGUAUUAUAGCUUGUGCACAUUGAUCUGCUCUGCCGCCCAUCGAGGCGGUUAUUUUGUGUUUGCGUGACUCAACUCUUAAUGAAAUUAAUUUGACGGGAUGGAAAGAUGGCAUGCCACAGUCAAACAGAAUAUCAGCUGGUUUAUCAUUGUAAAGGCUUGUACUCUAUUUAUCUGUUCCUCGUAAAUACAAUCAAAUCAUGAGCCAGUUUUGUCCCUGUUCACUGUUGCACAUUGUAACAUCUAGCCUAUGUGUAUUUGUUCUGUUAGUUGUUAAUAAAUGUUGUUGAAAGAAAAAUCAA